AUGUCGCCUGCCGAAGCAUUUGCUGGAGUUGGAUCAGUUGCUGCUGCUGAUCAGGCGGCAGGGAACUCAGUUGCUCCUGAGUUAGGCUCAGGACUUGCUGAAGCAGGGCUCGAUCGACAUCUGAAGGGACUUGUAGCUGUAGAAGUCUCUUCUGCUCUUGGGGCUUGUCUUCCUGGUAUAUUGGAAGUCGGGAAUUGUGCGACUACAUUUACUGCCUGUGAAGAUGGUAGGGCUUGUGAACCAUUCAAUUUCACCAAUUUUGAUGCUCUAUUGACUUGGUCCAUGGUGUCACUCACAACUCUCGACUGCCCAAUGACAACUGAACCACGUCCUUUCAAAUCUAUAUUUUCCAGCAUGGUGGAAGGUGAUGAGGAGCUAGGCUGCUACCAG